CCUUGAUGUAAACUUGCACACGAAUAUGGGAGGGUGGCUGGAGUAUAGGAAACAUGUGAGUGUCAAGUAGACUGUAUUUGUAGCUUGCAAGGAGCCAAGAUGGUUAGAUCAGUAAUGUAUUUUUGAUCUAACUCGCUUGCCAGCUUGGACUGCAUAAGUACGUUACCAACAAAACAAUCGAUGUCGCAGAGCAUCCCACACCUCUCCUCUCAACGUUGCCCUCUUCCUGAAAGUGUCUUUCUUUCCUGCCCGUUAAUCGCAAUGACUUCUGUUAUCGAGCUCAAAGAGCGCAACAAGGCUAACCGUCUCGCCCUCCGGAAGCUGGAAGCUCACGUUACUAGUCUCGAGAAAUUCUCAUUCCAUCCAGCUAACCUGCAGAACGCCGCGAUUAGCAUAAUACCAGCCCCGUUCGAAUGUCAGAAUGGCAAACCCGAGUUCACUCCAAGUUUCUUUGCCCCCUACCCGAGUGAUCUUCUGAUGGCGCCCAAGGAUGGAUGGGUUCCGUUCGAGUUCCCCAAAUACGACAGCGAACGGGCACAACGCCGUCAUGAGACGCCCAUCGACCGGGCGCGUCAACUUUGUUACUACCUCGAGCAGUCCCUGAGUGGGUACCGGAGUCGCUGUCCGGAAGUUCAAUAUCCCGUCUUUCUGAUUUCGGGAUGGCGCUAUCAAGACAUCGGUGAGUAUGGGUUUAAAAAAGACCUUUGGGAGUACGGUCUGCAGAUCGGUAUGGAAGAUUCGAAGUGCCCUCCCCAGUGGACCGUCGACGCAGUUUACCAUUACCACGACACAAAAUUCCCGCAUCUGAAGAGCAUGAUGAUCUCUGAUGUCGAUGGCGAUUAUGAGAUGUUGUUCCGAGGGGAACUUCUCGCUUUGAUCAGGAUGAUCCGGGGGCGUCUGGAGACAAAAAGAUUUGCUAGAUAUCCUGUCCACCCGGUACUCCUCUUCUCCAUGAUGGGCACACAACACGCGCGGAUCCUCCAGGCCCAUUUCAAUGGUACUGAGCUGGUUAUCCAUCACAGCAAAUUCUAUGACUUCCGAUACGAGGAUGCUGUUCUCUUGGAGUUGUUUGCGCAGUGGUUUAUCAGCUCUCCGGUAGGCGAGACUGAGCCGGAGUAAUGAGUUCUUACUUACUCGGUGGGAUAACGGCAUACCUGGGAGGCGUUUUGGUUGUGUCUUUUUUCGAUAGGAUAUUAUUUCGGUGGCUAUAAGUUAUAUGUAUAUCGCGACGGUAUUGUUCUUCGCUUUCAGCCUCUUAUUCUUUCUUUUUUGGAUAUACAGCAGCAAGGCCCCAGAUAGGUACCUUCUACCCUUGCUAUUUAUCUGACCCGAGUACCAGUUCCGCACCUAAAGUACCGCUGUGCAUGCGGCAUAUGUUCCUAUACCAUACCCAAGCUCUGUAAUCCCGGGUUGGGCGCUAAGGGUGUGGAUAUACUGUUAGAUCUUAAGGCAUCUAGGUAUACCAUAAAGUUUUAGUCGAU